GCCCCUCAGUCAUGGUGUGCAAUAGGAAAUUGUUAUAGCAUGCAGAAAGACCAUGAAACCGCUUUAAAAAACUUUCAACGAGCAGUGCAUCUAAAUUCUAGAUUCGUCUAUGCUCACACCCUAUGUGGUCACGAAUAUGUGGCUUUGGAGGAUUUUGAGAAUGGAAUUGGAAGUUACCAAAAUGCCCUUCAAAUAGAUCCCAGACAUUAUAACGCAUGGCAUGGUCUUGCAAUGAUAUAUCUUCGCCAGGAGAAAUACGAAUUCUCAAAGCAUCAUUUUCAUAGGGCUUUGAAUAUAAACCCUCGUUCUUCUGUUAUAAUGACUUAUCUCGGGACUUCUUUACAUGCGUUAAAGAGAAAUGACGAAGCUUUAUCGAUGAUGGAAAAGGCUAUAAUAGCAGAUACGAAGAACCCUCUACCCAUGUAUCAAAAAGCAACUAUUCUUGUAAUGAUGGAGGAGUUUGACGAUGCUUUAACUGUUUUAGAAGAACUUAAAGAGUACGCGCCUCAUGAAAGCAGUGUAUAUGCGUUAAUGGGAAAGAUAUAUAAAUAUCGCUCUAUGUAUGACAUGGCCAUGCUUCAUUUUGGUCUAGCUUUGGAUUUGAAGCCUUCUGCAACUGAUGUGGCUACUAUCAAGGCUGCCAUUGAGAAGUUACAUAUACCUGAUGAAUUAGAUGACAACUUAUAGAGCUCGUAUGCAACUCGACUCAAGACCCGUCUGUAUAAUACUUUCCAUCAAUGGUAUUGAUACAACGUAUCUCAAUUCCGUUAUGGACCGAAGCUCAUUAGAUUGAGGUACAUGCAGUGUUGAAGAUUGAUGAUACCGUCUAGGUGAACAUUAGUUAUCCCCUUUACAUUGUAUUCUUUCCUAGGAUCGACUUUUUCAUCAUUUUUACUUCAUCUUGUUGUUGAGAUGUGUUGAAUUCAUCGGGUAGUGUAUUUUUUUGUCGCCUUAAUAAGAGUUGAUUGUUGACAACUCUUUUGUACGAGAUAAAUAUAAUAUGUGAUUAAAGGAGAGUUUUCAACAUUA